AUGAUUCAGAAGGCUGGCUUUAUGAUUCCUGGACGUGGUUAUGAGAACCUCAGUUUGGGAAUUGCUGCAAUUCAUAAGGGCGUGAAGCCGUUGGCAAGCUCAAAACAGACGCGUACUAUCAAUGAAUAA